AUCUUAUCAUCAGAUUAACUUCAAAUUCAGUACGCACCUUCUGUUCCACCCAAGAACCAAAGUUCCAAACUUGGGAACCAAUUUCUCGAUAAAUUCUAUAAGAACCUCUGCUCUCACCUUUUUCCUUUUGAAAGAUUUCUAACUUAAGAAUCUAAUCCAGCAUCAUCAGCAGCGGGCUCUAUAAACAAAUAUCAACAAGUAGAUAAAUAAAUCCCGUUAAGACAAUGACAAAGUAAAACUAGUAGUUGGUAGUAGGAACAGCUCGGGGUAGUUAAAAUAAAUGUAUUUCUUAAUAUAACAACAUAUAACUUGAGCAAUAAUUCUGUUGCGCUUGCGAACUUCUCGACGCUCCGACCCUUACUCCAGAGUUCCCUUCGCCCCAACACUGCUGUCGUCCCUGCAAUAUUUAUAUACAUAUACACACUCACACUAUCCCGCGGAACGAGCGCCCCCGAGAGUCGCUUCCGCACGAAUAACCAUUCUAGCCAUUCACAAUCGAUGAUGUCACGACUCAAGGCGACUUGGGAGGGGGGACCGCCUCUUUGCGCUGGAGGGAGCCGCGCUGCGGCUCUCAUUGGCGCGCUAGCUGCUCUCCACACCCCACUACUAUCCACAGAGAGAGAAGAUGCACAAGCCUCGUGUCUCAUGUGUUACAACCUGGAGGGGGGAGAAUUCAAGUUUAGUUUACUCGCGAGUCAUAAUCCCGAUGUGUACGCGCCAAAACGACACGCGACUCCGCUCCCGACGGUGCUCACGCUCGUGAUCAUUUCUACGGACGCGGCUCCGGGAUUUUUUUUAUUUUUUAACCUACUAGGUAGCUUUAGUGGUUUUUUUUAAUUUUUGGUGCCUAAGUUUGAAGUUGUGAUCUCACGUUCAGUGGUUUUGUGAUUUUGGAUCUUUUUUUUCGACACGGAGUUACAGGAUUGAUAUUAUAAGACGUUAUAAAGGCCCGAAGAUUCUGCCUUCGCAGCAACUUAGCGCUGCGGUCGCUCCAUGGCCGGGCGCCACCGGCCUUUUGGCCUCUGUUACCGCUGACGAUAUGGCACACAAAGGCCACAGCGGAGUGAAUCAACUGGGCGGCGUCUUCGUCGGAGGCCGACCGCUGCCGGACUCAACCCGCCAGAAAAUAGUCGAGCUAGCUCACUCAGGAGCCCGUCCUUGUGAUAUUUCGCGGAUCCUCCAGGUCAGCAAUGGCUGCGUGUCCAAAAUUCUCGGCAGAUACUACGAGACAGGGUCCAUCCGUCCGCGAGCAAUCGGUGGCAGUAAACCGCGAGUCGCAACCGCGGAAGUAGUCGGGAAGAUUUCUCUGUAUAAGAGCGAGUGUCCUUCGAUAUUUGCUUGGGAAAUUCGGGAUAGAUUGCUUCAGGAAGGCGUUUGCACAAACGACAACAUUCCUAGCGUCUCGUCGAUCAACAGGGUGCUGAGGAACCUUGCCGCCCAGAAGGAGCAGCGCCAGCAGCAGCACCACCAGCAUCAUCAGCCUGGAGUCCCAGUCAGCCAGCCGGACAGCGUCUACGACAAACUGAGGCUUCUUAAUGGCCAGGGCAGCUGGCCCAGGCCCAAUCCUUGGUAUCCUGCUGGACCUGGCAGUCCCUUUCCGUCCCUCCAGCCCAGCAUCAGCCCCAGCCACUGCGCGCUACCGCCCGAGCAGGAUAUCCUCCAGAAAAAAGUCGCUGACUUGGAGGGAGGACACUCUGACGAGACCAACAGCGGGGGCGAUAACAGCAACGCCGGCAGUAUUGGCGCCGACGACGACCAAGCUAGGCUCAGGCUCAAACGUAAGCUCCAGAGGAACCGCACCAGCUUCACCAAUGACCAGAUUGAUGCCUUGGAGAAGGAGUUUGAGCGCACUCACUAUCCUGAUGUCUUUGCUAGAGAGCGGCUUGCUGGCAAGAUUGGACUGCCUGAAGCCAGGAUACAGGUCUGGUUUUCGAAUCGCCGCGCAAAGUGGAGACGCGAAGAAAAGCUCCGCACCCAACGACGUGACAAUCAACCAGCCCAGCAACCCCAACAACAAACCAGUCAUUCUGUGAACCUAGUAGGCGGGCAUCCGACCCCGCCACCACCAUCGGGGAUACUAGGUGCCCAGGCACCACCACAAGUUCCGCCAUCUCCUCCAAGAAUCCACCAUGGCUUCGCACCGAGUGUCUACCCGGGGAUUCCCAGCAUGCCUGACUCCUACAGCCCAAUGACAUCAAUGUCAAACUUCAGCAUGGCCCAGCAGAGCCAGCAGCACACGACGUCGAUGUCAUCACUAACCAGCGGAGGAAUGGGCCACAUGGGGAUGACCGUCGGUAUGACAGUUGGACCCAGUCCAGCGGCUUGUCUUCACCAGCGGGACAAUGGCUACUCUUGCGGCGUAGCUAGACCACCCAGUUACGAGCCUCUUCAUCUAGGAUACGGGUCCAGGCCGAGCUGUAGCCCCACCCAGCCGUACCACACGCCUGGGCUUAACCAGUACAACCAGAAUCCCAGUUCGACCGGUGAGUGUCUACCGCACUCACUCCACUCGCUGCUAGCGCUCUAGCCACACGUGGGACUCGGCUACCAUCACCACUGCUAAUCGGUCUCAUUUCUCCUGGGGUCAGUGUUCCAAUUGCUGUACCAGGUCACCAACCUACUCCAGAUAUGGCUGCUCAGUACUGGAGUCCUAGGUUACAGUGAUAACAUCAAUUGUCGACUUACCGACUGAUGAUAAGUCAGUAAUGUUCUGUGUUACCGACUGCAGACUUAUCGAUAUACCAUCUGAGUGAAAAGUCACUAACUUACCGACAACUUCUUAAUUUACAACCCUUAAUAAUUAAGAAGGUUAUCAUUAGGGCCAGGAAUUUCACUAACGUUUUAAUGACUGUUUAUAUGUUUAACCUUCAAUUUGAACAAUUGAAAAUACGCCCUAGUUAGGACCAUAUUGGAGAUCCGAACGAAAAUGUACCCAACAUUAGAAAUGAAAUCGGGUUUUAAAAUAAAAUGAGACAUAAUAAAAAAAUUUCUAAUUAAUCAAUGUAAUAUAUAAAUUAACUGCGGAAUUCUGCAGCAUUAAAAUUGGGAAGGACUUAAAAAAAAAUCCCUUAGUUUUUACUGACUAAUAAUCAAUUAGUUAAUAACUAAUUAUAAAUAAGAUCAAUCUUAAUUGUCAUUGUCAAUAAAAGAAUUUUUUAUAAAAAUUUAUUACUAUUUUUUUUUUGCAAUUGAAGUAAGUUAACCAUAUAACCUAUUAACGAUUUGAGUAAUCAAGAAGUCGAUUGAUUGGCUUAUUAAUGCUCCAAUUGUCGAUUAAUUGGACAAUUGGGGGCUAAAAAAUCGCUUUUGACAAGCAGUGUAAAUUGUCGACUUGUAAAAAUAAACUUAAAAAUUUUUCCAUUGUAUAUAACGGUGAUAAUUUUUAGUUUUGUUGUAUGCACUUGAUUUUUGUUUAGAUUCAAUAUGAAACACUUAUAAUAUUAAUGAAAUAUUUAUUAAAUCUUUUGUUAUUAUGUUUAUUAUGUUUCAUUCUAUUUGAAAACUAAUUGCAUUUCCUAUGUUGGCUAAAUUUUCGUUCGAAUCUUCAAUAUAGUUCCCGCUAGUUAUCAUCUUAAGCAAGAUGGCGGUAUUAAACUCACCAACAGAUGGACUCUAAUUUCUAUGAGACACAUUUUAACAAGUCUUGAUAAAGCAUAGACUAAUGGUAAGUCGGUAAGUCAGUUUAUUACCGACUCCUAUCGACAGUUGAUAAAUUAUAAUUUACAAUAUAUAUAAAUUUUGUUAAUAGCUAAUUAUCAGUUAUUUUAUUUCUCUUAUAGAUAAAUUAUUAGUUAGUCAAAUAGUUGUUAAGAGUAACUGAUUAAUUCCAAUAAUUAUCAUUAUUAUUAUUAUAACUAUUAUUAAACUAGUGAUUAUCAGUGUAAUAAGGUUCUUGUUAAACCCUUUUUUUAAGUUAUAAUUGUAAAAAUUUGGCGACCAAUUGUGAUUAUUUCUGUUAGAUAAGCAUAAUAUAUCAAUUAUAAAUAAAAAUAACAAUUUUAAAUU